AUGGGAAGAGCACCUUGUUGUGACAAAGCCAAAGUUAAGAGAGGGUCAUGGUCUCCUGAAGAAGACACCAUUCUCAAGAACUAUGUUGAGAGAUAUGGCACUGGUUGCAAUUGGAUUGCUUUACCACACAAAGCAGGGCUAAAGCGUUGUGGCAAGAGUUGCCGCCUGAGAUGGCUCAAUUAUCUGCGACCAGACAUCAAACAUGGAGGUUUUACUGAAGAAGAAGAUAACCUUAUACUAACCCUCUACACUCGCAUAGGAAGCAGGUGGUCUGUCAUAGCUUCACAUAUGCCUGGAAGAACAGACAACGACGUGAAAAACUAUUGGAACACCAAGUUGAAAAAGAAGCUGUUGGCAGCAAAGACUAGCCUCAACACCACUACCACCACCACCACCACCGCCACCGCCACCUCUUCUUAUGGAAACUGUGCUGGUUCUGAUUCGAUUUUGAGUUCAAUGCCAUAUACAGCAGACAUGAAUUAUCAACAAAACUUUGUUCCACAUUUUCCGGUUCCGAACCCAAUUCAAUUCCCUCUUCCUAGGCUCAUGGAAGGACAAGAAAGUGGCACAGAAGCAUAUGGUAACUUCAAUAUUACUGUUUCGCCUUUAUUUUCUCUUGAAAAGAGUAGUUAUGCGCCAUGGUCUGGUGAUGGAGGUGGUGCAGAAGGUGGGUUUUUUAUGGAGACAUCUAGGUCUCAUUAUGAUCUUCCCAAUGGCUUUUAUUUCCAAGAAAAAAUUAUUGAAGCAAGUCCAAGAUUAGCUCACUGA